AGCCCUGGCUCCAUCUUUCUGGCUGGCUGUGUGCGCAAACCGGAGGGCCCAGGGGACCCUGGGAGCUGGGAGUGGGCACAAGUGGGCUGUGACAGACAGGGCAGCGGAGCCCAGAGCAGCUAGCUGCCUUGCCCAGGGCCCUGCAGCUAACCAAGUGGCAGAGCCAGGGUCCGAACUCAGGAGCUGCUUGGAGAUGCUGCUGCUACUGCUGCUGCUCCUCCUCCUCCUCCUGGGGCUGCUGCUACCACUGGCCUCGCUCCGGCAGCGGCAGCUCCAGGGUGCCAGGCCGUCCUGGCUUGCUGGCCUCCAGCACCGUGUGGCAGGAGCGGCCCUGCACUGGGCAGCCGCCUGGCAGCAGCGCAGACUGGAGCAGAGCACCCUGCAUGCGGGCCAGAGCCAGCAGCACGCCCUGAGGUGGUGUCUGCAGGGAGCCCAGAGGCCCCCCUGUCCCCUCACGGGGGCCACAGAUACAAGCGCCUUCCGGAACCAUCUCCCUCUGACCAAGGCCAGCCAGGCCCAGGAGGAAGAAAGGCGGGGUCAGGAGCUGCCCCCUACCUCAACCCAGUACUACGGGGAGGUCUCCCUGCAGGCCACCUUGCUGGGUCUGGCAGCCCUAAACAAGGCCUACCCAGAAGUGCUGGCUCCAGGGGGCACUGCCCGGGUGACCCCUACAUCCCCCUGGCCUCACCCUCUCCCCUGGCCUUGGCAUGCCCUGGGCCAGGUUAGUACCCCUGGAGCCAAGCACCCUGGGACCCUGCUGCAAGAGGCACUGAGGUCCCCAGGGCUGAGGGCCCUGGAAGCUGGGACAGCAGUUGAACUCCUGGACGUCUUUUUGGGCCUGGAGGCCGAUGGUGAAGAGCUGGCUGAGGCAGUGGCUGCCGGGAACCCAGGGCGGGCGGCUGAGCUGCGGGAGGCCCUAGAGCAGGGGCCCCGAGGACUGGCCCUCCGGCUCUGGCCAAAGCUACAGGUGGUGGUGACGCUGGAUGCAGGAGGCCAGGCCGAGGCUGUGGCUGCCCUGGGGGCCUUGUGGUGUCAAGGGCUGGCCUUCUUCUCACCUGCUUAUACCACCACUGGAGGGAUGGUGGGCCUGAGCCUGUGGCCAGAACAACCUCGAGGGCUCUACCUUCUGCCCCCUGGAGCUCCUUUUAUUGAGCUGCUCCCAGUUAAGGAAGGAGCCCAGGAAGAGGCUGCCUCUACUGUCCUGCUGGCCGAAGCCCAGAAGGGUGAGGAGUACGAGCUGGUGCUGACCAACCACACCAGUCUCACCAGGUGCCGCCUGGGUGAUGUGGUACAGGUGGUGGGUGCCCACAAUCAGUGUCCAGUCGUCAGGUUCGUCCGCAGGCUGGGCCAGGGCCUGAAUGUGCGAGGAGAAGACAUUCAAGAGGAUACAUUCUCUGAGGCCCUGGGCAGGGCGGUAGGGCAGUGGCCAGGGGCCAAACUGUUAGACCACAGCUGUGUGGAGAGCAGCAUUCUGGAUUCCUCCGAAGGCUCUGCUCCCCACUAUGAGGUGUUUGUGGCGCUAAGGGGGCUGAGGAACCUGUCAGAAGAAAAUCGAGAGAAGCUUGACCACUGCCUUCAGGAAGUCUCUCCUCGCUACAAGUCCCUGCGGUUCCGGGGCAGCGUGGGCCCUGCCAGAGUUCACCUGCUGGGGCAGGGGGCCUUCAGAGAACUCCGGGCCACCCUUGCAGCCUGCCCCUCGUCCCCCUUCCCUCCCGAGAUGCCCCGGGUCCUCAGGCAGAGGCAUCUGGCCCAGUGUCUGCAGAGAAGGGUGGUAUCCUGAGCUGAGGCCUACCUGCUGCCCCAUCCCCCUCAAAGGCCACCUGGCUCUUUCCUCUGUGGCCUUUCUGGAUGGGAACCCUUGGCCAGGGUCGUGGACUCUGUGUCACCUGACAGUGGCCCAUCAGAGCUGCCAGGCCUUAGGGAGGCUCGGCCUAGUCAGCUGCUGCCUGCAGAGCCCUGCUUGGAGCCCCAGGCCCCCUCUGGAGGACACUGCUGGAGUUCCCCGCCACGCUGAUGCUCCCGCGUCUCCAGCCAGUGCACUGUGCAAGCUCCAACUGUUGGCAGUUACUGCUCCCAGGAGCCACCCUCGGCCUAUAAGAAACAGGACUUAGAGAAAAAGACCUUGGCGUCAUUGUCCCUCAGGGCGACAGCUCUGAAGUGUAUUCUGUGCCAGUUGUCCACAGUGAUAACCUUCUCAAUAACACAGUUCUUACUGGUUUUCCUGCCAUCCCUCCUAUUCCCACCCCCUUCUGUGGUUUCUAGGAUUACCUCCCAAAUAAACCUCUUGCACCAGA